UAGGCUGGCGCCGCGCGGGUGGGAGGCCAGGGGCGGAUGAGCCAGCAAUUUAACAAAGGGUUCGGCCGAACCCCCUAGAACCCCCAGAAUCCCACCACUGUGUAGGCCCCUCUUGAUCUUGAGGCCCUAGGCUGAAGCCUAGUUAGCCUAUAGUAAAAUCCGGCCCUGGCUGGGUAUGGCUGAUCUCGGGAAGAGAAGGACGGCAGGGGAUGGGAUGACCUCGUGCAAUAUUUGAGAGACUGUCCCAGAGAAAGUGGGGGGGGGAUUCAUUCUCUGAAGCCCCUGAAGGCAGGAAAAAGAAGCAGCGAAUGGAAUCCCAGCGAAGAGAGAUCCAACCUAGAAGCCAGGAGAGAUUCUCUCACAGUGAAAAACUAUUGAUCAGUGGAACAGUUUGAAUCCCAGAAGUUGUGGCUGCUCCAUUGAUGGAGGUUUUCAAGAAGAGAUUGGACAAGCAUUUGCCUGAAAUCCUUUAGCGUCUCCAGUUUGAGGUUGGUCUUGAAGACCUCCAAGGUUCCUUCCAACUCUGUUGUUUUGUUAUUCUGAUUCCGUCCAAACAUGAAUUCAGAGACUGGUCAACAGAAUUGCUUAUUAGAAACAAUCUUAAACACCUUUGAAAAUUUAUCUGGUAUCAAAUACCAACAAGUAAUCAUGCAAUAAAAGUUCUCCUUUAGGUUGUGGUUCAGCAUACAUUUUAAUGUAGAGCACAUAUUUUCCCAUUGCUCCAAUAUUAUGACCAAAAUUCCUCACCCACUGAAUUAUGCAAUAUUUAACAUACUCACUGUUAGUGGAUUCACCAUCUACUUCUCUCUUUUUAGCUGCUUCUUAUUUUAUUCUUCCUGUUAUUUAUUGUUAUUUAUUGUUAGUGUCAUUCUGGAAUCUGGCAGAAUCUAAAUGGAAUAAACAAAAAAAAAUGAUGAUUUUCUUGACUUAAGUACUAGAUGCUCAAAUAUUAAAAAGUUAAUCUUUCAAAUAAGAAGUGUUUGGGUGGGAAUAAAUAGACCAACCAAUUGAUUGAGAAAUAGACAAAUAGACAUAGUCAAGGCUGCUGGGGGAAAAAUGAAAGAAUAGAUUUGGAAUGGAGUGUAAUAAUCAUCCAGAGGAGCCCAUCCAUGAGAAGCCUCUGUCUCUCCCCUUCUUAGGAAUCUCCAGGUGUGAAGAACCCACAACCUUCACAGGGGGACCAUUCCAUGCUGGCACAACUCUUCAUAACCUGAAGAAAAUGGACCCAGUGAUCUUUUCUCUUGGAGAAACCUGGAGAACUGGAGUCAUCCCAGAUUAUUCAAGAAGGAUUGAGAGAUUAUUGCUAGAUCAGCCAUCUAAGGAAGUCUUACCACAGAUAUUCCAAUCAGAAACAGGAAGCGGAUUGAUUCACGCCUCGAAUUAUGGACCUCCUGCUUCUGCUUCUGAUGCUGCUUUUGUCCCAUCCGGUCUCUGGGAAGCUUAGAAAGAAAUGCCCGCUGAGUCUGGAGCACCAGGAUGGAAACAAUCCAUGGAGCUAUUACAGGCCAGGAGACCAUCUCAUUGGUAUAGUCAGAACAGAAAAUGUAGUACCAGAUAUAAUGUUGCCUUUCCACAGGGCUCCUUCUAUUCAAUCUCCUUCGAGUAGUUAUGCUAAUGAUUAUAUCCUAAAAGUAAUGUUUGCCAUUCAAGUGGUCAACAAGAAUUUCCAUCUCCUGCACAAUCUCACACUUGGCUGCAGUAUCCAUGACAACUAUUUGAGCACACUUGGCACUUCAGAUGCCUUGCUGGAUAUUCUCUCCACUGGAGAAGCCAAUGUCCCCAACUACAGCUGUGGAAGGAAGGAGAACCUCCUGGCUCUUCUUGAUCAAGCUGGAAGGGACAUCUCCAUCCAAAUGUCAACAUUAGCAGAUCAGUACUAAAAUUGCCUCAGAGGUUCUGACUGAUAAAAGUCAAUUCCCCUUUUUCCACCAGAUGUUCCCCAAAGAAGGAUUCCACUACCCAGCAAUUGUCCAAAUGCUCCUCCAUUUCAGAUGGACCUUCAUUGGCCUCUUUGCUUCAGACACAGAGAAUGGAGAGAAUUUCAUGAGGAUUUUCACUCCUAUGCUUGUCAGGAGUGGAAUUUGUGCUGUUAUAUCACAACGAUUUUCAACAACUGGACAUACAGCCCCCCUCAGGGAUGCCCUCUCUGAGUGGAGACAAGUCAAUGUCUUUGUUCACUUCAUGGAAUUUGUUUCCCCUUUCGACAGAAUCCUUGCUUUCCAUGAAACACUUAAGAAUUUGCCAGGAACUUUUGAAGGGAAAGUCUGGAUCUUCACAAGUAUUUUAGUGUAUAAAAUAAAGAAGAGCCAACUUCUCAAAUACAUCCAUAGUAUUUGGAACUUUAGGAUUGGAAAAAAUGUAAGGCCAAAUGAUGAUGCCUUUGAACCCUAUUUCUUUGUAGAAAAUCAGUUUCAAGAUCAGUAUUUUCGCUGUUCUCUUUCAAAGAACAUCUUUUCUGUCAAAGGCAGGAGAAGAUGCACCCAGAAAGCCCCACUGGAGACCCAGGAGAAAAGGAACAGGAUCCGGAUCACAAGUGACUACUAUGAUUAUAGUCUCAUGAAGACUCUGGCCCAGGCCUUGAAUGCAGCAUAUUCCUCCAGAAAGAGGAGGGGCAGGAAGGAGAGUGAAAAGAUGUCGGGGUCUCCAAGGCUGCAGCCUUGGCAGGUAUGGGAUCCCGAUAUGGAUCCAUUAAUCUUAGAUCUUUUGGAGAAGGAAUCCAGAGGAAAAGGAGGGGAACCAUCUCAACCUUUUUAUGCUGCAAAAGGUCAACUGAUUUGGACCAACUAAUUGCUCAUGUCUGACACUCUGGAAUAACAAGGAGCAGAUCUUAAGUUUCUGCCUAACCUCUUUCAGUUGUUGGAAGAGUGUUGUCUCCUCCCUUGUCCAACUGGGAGAUUUUGUAAGUUGGAGAAUCUGCUCUCAAAAUCUCCUCCUUGUCUUCCCUGAAGACUCACUUUCCAUUUGCUGUCUAAUACAAUUUUGGGAUCAUAUUCAUUAAUAUGUUUUUUUUUUAAAUUUUGAAUAUCUCAUGGCAAAUGUAUCCAACACAGUUUCCUCCUUCAAUCAAUCAAUUUUUAUCACAGUCAUAGACCAGCAUUGCAAACAGAAACAUUAAAAACAGUAAAAAUAGAGAAAAAUAAAAAUAAGAUAUAUUGGAGGUGGUGACCCUUUGAGAUUCAGUGAAAUUUCAUUUUAAUAUACAGUAUGCUGAUGUACAUUUAAAGUGACAAUAAAGUUAUUCUAUGUUCUAUGUAAUAAUAGAGAAAAAUAACAAUAAAGAAAGUCAAUAGGCAGUUAGAGCCUGCCUAAUUUUGCAUACAGCAUAACAGAAUUUGGCCCCAUUCAGAGAAUCUGAUAACAGUAGUUGCAUGUAAAAGAGGUCAGUAUUUCCUGGAUAUUUGAUUAGGAGAGGUGAGUCCGUGAGUC